ACUUUCAAAGCAACCGUUACUAAAACUAAAGUGAGGCUUAUACACUUUUACCACCUGUUCAGGUUCAGAAGACGUUCGUACUUGAAUGGCGCAUCGGAGCGUUUAGCGUUGUAGCGUUUGUUUACUCCUGAAUCGCGGGAAAUAUUAACGUUACCGAAAUGGUUCGGAGAAAAUCAACUGCCAGAUCACACUCGGGCCGUUCCGCAUCGACCGCAAAAUCUUCGGAACCUCCAAGGACUACCAGAACUGAGGUUGUGGUGAAUAAACGCAGGUCAAACUAUGCAGCACGAGCUUUGCAAGAAAUCAAAUUCUUGAGAAAAACAACCAAACUACUCAUACCUAAGCUCCCCUUUGCGCGGCUAGUUCGAGAAAUUAUUUUUGAUCUAUUUCCAAGGCAAAAUAUAGCCCGACUACAAGCUUCAGCUCUGGAAGCGCUUCAAGAGUCAGCGGAAAUGUACCUCGUACAAUUCUUCGAAGAUGCAGUGUUACUAACAUUCCAUGCUAAACGUGUGACGCUAAUGCAAAAUGACAUGAUACUUAUGAGACGUCUGAGAGGUCGUGACGACGUGAUUAAUAGAUAGCAUUUAUCAAUAAAAGUGAUUGGAUUAAGUUUAGAAAAAUUUAUUGAUGUACAGAAGUACAGGACAAUAGGCUACCUCGAACCUUACGGAGACACUUUAAUGUGCAGUAGUUAUCAAGCUUAUUAUUAUACUAUUAAUUAAAUUUUGAUGAUUUUGUAUGAAUUUGUAUAAAUAUAUUUAUAAUAAUAAUUGUUAAUUCGAUC